GGUUGGCUGAAUCCUCAUCACAAGGGGAGAUUUUUAGAAGCAAUCCAAAAAAAAAAAAAGAAGAGAGAUCCAGGGACUCGGCACCUUUUGUCAUCUGGUCUCUGUAGUGCUCCGAUUUCUGGGAAAACACUGAGAGCGAUCGUGUAAUCCAGGGAUUUCCUGCCAUCGUCAGGCCACACUGAUUGCUGGGCAGGGAAGAGGAUCUGGGAGUCACUGUGCAGCUCCUGCAGCCCCCUCUCUCGGUCACAGGAGGAGGAGGAGGGAGCCGAGCUGUUGCUGUCACACAACUGCACGACAAACCGGGGCUCUCCAUGCACUGAUUUUCUUCUGUCACAUAGCAGCACCGGGUGUGACCCCAACUGGGGUCUUGUGUUGGGGGGGGCCACUACCAUACUACCAGAUCGGCAAGGACAAGGGGCAAGCCUUGGAGUACGAUCACAGCAAGGAUGAUGUGAAUGCAGAGCUGAGUCCAGGCCAUCCACUGCAGGUUCGUAAGAGGUGGGAAUAUCAUGUCAUCAGUGUGGGAUGCUGACAUCUGAAUUCGCAAACGUGAGGGCCUAGCGGGGAACUUUCGCCCACUGAAUCUUUCAUUACACCAUAAGGGUCUUUGCUGCUGUGGCAAUUGAAGAAAUGUGGUAAAGUCAAGUUACCAUAGUUUAGGAAAUAUUGGGAUAUAGAUAAUGGGCUGUGUGCAAUGCAAGGAUAAAGAAGCAACCAAACUGACAGAUGAAAGAGAUAACAGUUUAACACAAAGCUUAGGAUAUCGCUAUGGGACAGACCCCACCCCACAGCACUACCCCAGCUUCACUGUGACCACCAUUCCUAACUACAACAACUUCCAUGCGUCUGCAGGGCAGGGACUUACAGUCUUUGGAGGCGUGAAUUCUUCAUCACACACAGGAACAUUGCGCACAAGAGGUGGAACAGGAGUAACGCUUUUUGUGGCGCUUUAUGACUACGAAGCAAGGACGGAAGAUGACCUAAGUUUUCAGAAGGGGGAAAAGUUCCAAAUACUUAAUAGCUCUGAAGGUGAUUGGUGGGAAGCUCGGUCUUUGACAACUGGUGGAACAGGUUAUAUCCCAAGUAACUAUGUGGCGCCAGUGGAUUCCAUUCAAGCUGAAGAAUGGUACUUCGGUAAACUGGGCAGAAAAGAUGCAGAGAGACAAUUGCUAUCCUUUGGAAAUCCAAGGGGUACUUAUUUAAUACGUGAAAGUGAAACCACCAAAGGUGCCUAUUCAUUGUCUAUUCGUGACUGGGAUGACAUGAAGGGAGAUCAUGUCAAGCACUAUAAGAUCCGGAAACUUGACAAUGGCGGUUAUUACAUCACAACUAGAGCUCAGUUUGAAACUCUCCAGCAGCUGGUUCACCAUUAUUCAGAGAGAGCUGCUGGCCUCUGCUGCCGCUUGGUAGUACCAUGCCAUAAAGGAAUGCCAAGGCUUACUGACCUGUCUGUCAAAACCAAAGAUGUCUGGGAAAUCCCAAGAGAGUCUCUCCAGUUGAUCAAGAGACUGGGAAAUGGGCAGUUUGGGGAAGUAUGGAUGGACAAUGCUGAUGGUUUAUGUUAUAAUUUAACAAUGAUUGCACGGACUUAUGUACCACAAACUAUUGGAUUGGCUAAAGAUGCUUGGGAAGUGUCACGGAGCACAAUAAACCUGAUGCAGAAGCUUGGUCAGGGCUGUUUCGCUGAAGUGUGGUAUGGUACAUGGAAUGGAAACACCAAGGUGGCUAUAAAGACAUUGAAGCCAGGGACCAUGUCUCCAGAGUCUUUCCUGGAAGAAGCUCAGAUUAUGAAAAAGCUGAAACAUGAUAAACUGGUGCAGCUGUACGCAGUGGUCUCAGAAGAACCUAUUUACAUUGUCACUGAGUACAUGAGCAAAGGGAGCUUGCUGGAAUUCCUGAAAGAUGGAGAAGGACGAGCUUUGAAGUUGCCAAAUUUAGUGGAUAUGGCAGCCCAGGUUGCUGCUGGUAUGGCCUAUAUUGAACGUAUGAAUUAUAUACACAGAGAUCUGAGGUCUGCAAAUAUUUUGGUUGGAAAUGGCUUAAUCUGCAAAAUUGCAGACUUUGGUCUUGCCAGAUUAAUUGAAGACAAUGAAUACACGGCAAGGCAAGGUGCAAAGUUCCCAAUAAAAUGGACAGCUCCAGAGGCAGCCUUAUAUGGAAGGUUCACUAUUAAAUCAGAUGUGUGGUCUUUUGGCAUUCUGCUGACAGAACUCGUAACAAAAGGAAGAGUCCCUUAUCCAGGUAUGAAUAAUCGUGAGGUGUUGGAACAAGUAGAGCGUGGCUAUAGGAUGCCAUGUCCUCAAGACUGUCCAAAUUCCCUGCAUGAGCUUAUGCUUAACUGCUGGAAAAAAGACCCAGAGGAGCGCCCCACUUUUGAAUACCUACAAGGUUUCCUGGAAGACUACUUCACUGCCACUGAACCCCAGUAUCAGCCCGGAGACAACCUGUAAAGUUAUGCCUGCACCAAGCCAUUGCCAGGUUCAAGCCCUAGAAUUUGCUUCCAGUAAAAUGACUGCCUUCUUCAAGGAGCUGUAUCUUCCAGUGUGGGAUUGCACACAAGUGUGAAGCUCUGGACUUCAAGGAACCUCAUUCAUGGCCACUUAUUAUAAUAAUCUGAAUGUCCACUUUGAAAAACAAUAAAACGAGGGACAAAGGAAAACAAAUUCUCAAGCAUAGACUUGGAUGAUGGAUUGUAUUGAUGUUAUGUAAACUGCAAAACCUCUGUUUGCUGUAAAUAUUAACUCUGUGCCAAUUCCCAAUAUUUAGAGUUUUUCAUUUUUUUAAAAAGCAGGAUCCAUGCAAUUUUAACCAAUGUUCAUUUCAUUCUACAAGUAUUUACAAAAGUGCCCUCCUUAAAAUGUAGAUGCUGUUUUUUUUUCCUAUUUGUUUCGCUUUUGGUACAUGUUCUUAUAAGUCACUAUUUUCCAAAUCAGUCCUCAUGUGGAGCUAAGGGUUCAUGGUUUCCCCAUCUCUUAACGGAAAAACACGUGGCAUAGUUCUGGUAAAGUACCACUAAUUAACACAACAGUGCACCACUCCAGGAGUCUGGAAAAAGCACUAGAUAGAGGUCCUUGAGUGAGGAAAAACCACUACAAUGAAGACGUUACAUAAUGAUACAUCUUGACCAGAAAACAGUUAUUCCAGUUUACAUCUGGAUUUAAGCAUAAUCCCACAAAUUUUGAAAUUCUGUUAAAAAAAAUGUAAGUUAACAUAUUCUUUUUUCUUGCUGAACAUUUUGAUUGCACUUUUAUUGACUGACAGACGAUCUUAGUUACAACAUACAGUAUAUGUUAAAUAAGCUGACAUUUAGAUGACAUGCUCUUAGGAUUCACACCGAAGGAUCACCUGCCAUAUAUUAAUAAAUGUCCAAACUCCCUUAAAGGUGGAGACAUAUAUUCAAAACAGAAGCACUUGAAAUUGUAUUUUUCUCUCUUAAAAAGGACUUAUACAUGUACAAUUUACACAAUAAGAUGUAUGAAUCAGUUUUUGCAUACAUUGGACUGAAAAGUUGAAUGUGACUUCUGGAAGACUCAUCAACAUCACAAUUGCUACCUACUAGAUUUUAUGUUGUUUCUUUUUUGAUAAACAUGUAACCUAUCUAUACUUUUCAUGUGGAAUACACAGCCUGUGUAAACUAGGUCACCCCGGAGUACGUAAGCAUAUACUUCAUCUUUUUCUAUGUAUUUACCAAUGUAAAAUGCGUCUUUUGAAUGCUGAUACUGAAACAUAUUUCUACUUGUCUUUAGGAGUUCUCCAAUGGAAUUACUAUGCACUAUACAUUUCAUGGGGAAUGCACAAAACCAGUGUUUCUUUCUACCAUUUUAGAUUAAUUCUGUUAACAAAUGUCCUUUCCAAUUGAUUUUUACAUCAUGUUAUCAAGUUAAAGUCUUAACUAAUUUCCUGUUAUCAUUUCUUUGCAUUUUUUUCAUGGAAAACUGUUUAACUUUAUUAAUUUAGUAAUUAAAUCUGAACAUUUUACAUCAUUUUUUUUUUUUUUGUAAUUUGUUUUGGUUUCCUUGUCCAGAAUUUGGUUGUUAAGAAUUCUGGAGAAUAAUGUAUAAUAUUACUAAAGUAGAAUCAUCAAAUGAGGUAGGGAAAUAAUUAAAGAAAUCUCACUUUG